CUCCCCAGCAACAGAGCCUGUGCCCUGCUGUGUGCCCGGCAGCUCCAGCACCCCCUUCCUCCGCCUCUAGGAGCAGAGAAGAGCUUCAGGAGCUGUGGGGCAGCCGGUAUUUUUGGCUCAGGUCACAGAUUGAUUCCUGCCCACUCUUUCCCUGCUGCUUGCAAGAAAGGGUCCCCAUCUGAGGAUGUAGAGACAAGCUUUCAAAGCCGUGGAGUGGGAGCACAGUGCUGCAGCCUCCCAGUCACCAGGGCUCUGGAAGUCACAACCAGUACCCGGCAUGAUCUCAAAGGAACAAUCACCUGUUAAUUUUGUAAACUGGACUGAGUAGCAUGAUGCUCCCAACAUGCAAAUGAUUUCAGAUGGAAACAAAUUACACAUCAGAAAUCACAAUGCUGAUAACAGUAUCAUCCUCCACCCAGCCUGUUCCCAAUCACCACCCCCUUUCCCCCCCUCCCACCCUGCCCAAGCCUGGGAAGGACAACCUGCGGCUGCAGCGGCUGCUGAAGAAGGCAGCCAGGAAGAACGCCAUCCUCACCUCGGAGCAGGGCAAGUCCUUCCGCUCCAGCCUGUCGCCCGUGAACGAAGCCAGCCCCGACCAGGAGUGUGCAGAGAGCGCUGCCCCAGCAGCAGAGACCCCCGAGGCCCCGGCAGCCCCCUGUGCCCCCCUGCCCACCCAGCUCUCCGUCAGGCCCGUGGGCCACCGCGCCCUCUCCCCGUUCCGGAAGGGGAAGCCCUUCACGCUGAAGGUCACGGAGCAGCGGCGCAUUGCCGAGCACGUCAAGCUCACAGCCUCCUCAGCCAUGCCCCUGCUACAGAGGCCAGAAGCUCCUGAGAUUCCACAGCAGCGUGAAGGCACAGGCUCCCACCUUCCCCCUCCAUCUGACCCUUCAGUACCUGUUUUCCCCAAGCCUCCUCCUCCCAGUACACCCAGCAAAGAAAGGGCACCAGAGGUUACCUAUGUCACCAAGGUGAACACUUACUUCCACAGUGUCAAGCCACCCAGGGCUAAGACUCCCACACCAAACCCAACCCAAGGAACUGUCAGCCAGGAAUACAAAAGGCCUACUUCCCCAGCACCUCAAACAAGCAGCUCUGAACCACCUCCAGAGCAGACACCCACCUCACUUAAAGACAACAAGGCAGCUUCCUCCUUGCCAAAACCUCCCCUCGUUCCUGCUGCAGAAACAGAGCCUCCCGAUCAGGCUCCCAAGCCUGUUCCUACUGAGAAGCCCAGCACCUCUGAUGCCCACACCAAUAAGCCUACAACCUAUGGAAGUGACACUGAAUGCAAGGCAGCUCCUGAAUUACCAGAGCAAGACAGAGACAUCCCAGAACCAUCAACAUCCAGCGCUCCUUGGAGGCAAGCACGCCCAGCAACAGCAACUCCAGCACAAGCUGAUGGUAGCAGGUCCACCCCCACAGACACCAAGGCAGAACACAUCACUGAACCCCAGAUGACUCCCAGCUUACCCAACACCAGCUGUCCCCCCAAGGCUGAGCCAGCACCACCAUCAGGAGAAGCACCAAGAGCUCCUGGAACCAGUGCCAGUGGCUGGCAUCGCCUCAAGAAGCACUUGAUAGUGCAGCCAGAAGCAGCCACCUUCCCGGAGUCCCAGCCAGAGAAGCUGGGACAGGAGGAAGGGAAUAAAGCUGAUGCUGCUCAAGCAGUCAUCAAGCAAGACUGCAUGGUGGUUAAAUCAAAAGCCAUGAGAAUGUGGGAUGCCAUCUUAUACCAGGUGGCACUCAGCAAGGAGAAGAAGCAGCAAGCAGAAGAGAAGAAGGCUCAGAAGGAAGAAAGCUUCUUUCUGCCCCGCCGCCUGCCCAUCCUCCUGCACAAGCCGCGUUUUGACGCCCGCAAGCUGAAGGAGCUGGCAGCCAAGCCCAUGACAAAGAUCAGCACCGUGUUUGAGGUGAGCCGCUUCCGGCCCAAGGGGGCUGAGGAGCACACCAAGAGCUUCAACAGAACGGCAUCGGGAUGGUCUGUGCACUGACACCAGGCUGCUCCACGCCUCUGCAGUGCGCCAACCUCUGACCAAGCCCAGUGGAGCCACGUGCAAGGAAAAAAGGAAAUUAAAUUAAAUAAAACCCCACCAAGCCAGCAGCACCAUGCUGCAGGUUUAAGGGUUACUCUCAAAAGCUCAAAUGCAUAACUACCACAUCCACAGGUCACAGGAAAACUAACAUGUUUGUUUUAAGAGUCAACAACAAUCACUGGAAGCACUAACAGAGUGAAGGCACACAGUGAAGAGGACAUGCUGCCUAUAGAAAAAAAGGCCAGUUCAGAGUAGGAUAAUGGAAUCUGAAUCUUUUUGUUGCAUUUAUCUAAGAGAUUGAUCCUAGGAACAAGAGCAGUUGCAUCUGAAAGGAAGGAAUCUGGGUCGCUCCAUGUCUCUAGGGAGUGUCUUAGAAACCAAACUCAAAGAGGAUACAUAUAGCCUCUAACUCAUCUACUUAAAGUGUGCCCCAUUCUCAUUUGCUGAGAACAAAAUGGAGACUCAUCCUUUCACCCAAAGCACAGACAAGAGACAAAGACAUCCUGCUCUCACCAAACAGCUCAUCUGCCUAUCAAAAUGGGCAUCAUCUGACAGCCUCCUAGGCCAGUCUACUUAAUAAUAAUGCAUAGAAGAACAA